CUAUUUUCUGGGGCAUUUUUGUGUAUAGCUAGACAGCCACACUGCUGACGGCCACUGAAUAUUUAUUUGCGGAAAACUUGUUAAAAAUAUAAUAAAAUGGCUUUUCGCAUACCCUUUGGCAAGAAACACGCCGAAAUUGCGACCUCCUUCGUUCGUUCUGGCGCAGGAUUCGGUGGCGCGGCCGGUUUGGCCCUCCUUUAUUACACGGACUGGAAAUUGGUGCUGCAAUACGUGCCCAUCUACGGAUCCAAGUUCGACAAGAGCGACUAGACGAGGCGACUCCUUUGAACUAGUUAAAUACGUUUGAUUAAUUCAUGUUGAUAUUAAUCGUGAAUAAAAUAAGUUCAACUCGAUAA